AUGCUGGCUCUCGAGAAAACGCGCUUCAUGUCGCGCCUGCGACAACCAUUGGCGUGCAUGUCCUCGGGCCCCAAGGGGCAUGUUAUUGGGAUUGAUUUGGGUACGACCAAUUCCUGUGUGGCCGUAAUGGAAGGCAAACAGCCAAAAAUACUUGAGAAUUCGGAGGGAUCUCGAACUACCCCAUCAGUUGUGGCAUUCACCAGGGAUGGUGAGAGGCUGGUUGGGGCUCCUGCGAAGCGUCAGGCGGUCACUAACUCUGCCAACACAUUCUCCGCGACUAAGCGCCUCAUAGGACGUCGUUUUGAUGACCCGGAAGUGCAAAAGGACAUGAAGAACUGUUCCUUCAAGAUCAUCAAAGCAUCAAACGGUGAUGCAUGGGUUGAGGCUCAUGGAAAGGCCUACUCUCCUAGCCAAAUAGGAGCGUUUGUUCUCAUGAAGAUGAAAGAGACGGCAGAAAAUUAUCUGGGGACGAAGGUAAAGAAUGUGGUUAUCACUGUUCCCGCCUAUUUCAAUGACUCUCAACGUCAGGCCACAAAAGAUGCUGGCAAGAUAGCCGGCAUGGAGGUGCUUCGGGUAAUUAAUGAGCCAACUGCUGCGGCCCUCGCCUACGGAUUAGACCGUGUUGGGGAUAAAACGAUAGCCGUUUACGAUUUGGGUGGCGGUACGUUUGACAUAUCUGUCCUGGAGAUCCAGAAGGGAGUUUUUGAGGUAAAGUCAACGAACGGUGAUACAUUCCUCGGAGGGGAAGACUUUGACAACGAACUGCUGAGGUACCUCGUCACAGAAUUCAAGCGUGAGCAAGGUAUCGAUGUCACGAAAGACCCGAUGGCCGUACAAAGAGUCAAAGAGGCUGCAGAAAAGGCUAAGAUUGAACUUUCCUCUUCCCUGCAAACAGAUAUUAACUUGCCCUAUCUUACAAUGGACAGUUCUGGGCCCAAGCAUAUGCAUAUGAAACUAACCCGUGCAAAGUUCGAGUCUUUGGUAGAUCCGCUGAUCAAAAGGACUAUUGGGCCUUGCGAAAAGGCCUUGAAAGAUGCCGACAUAAAAGCUUCCGACCUCGGAGAUGUAAUAUUGGUUGGUGGCAUGACCCGUAUGCCGAAGGUGCAAGAAACUGUUGAGAAACUUUUUGGUAAGACUCCCAGCAAGAGUGUGAACCCAGAUGAAGCCGUCGCUAUGGGUGCUGCCAUUCAGGGUGGUGUGCUCGCAGGUGAUGUGACGGACGUAUUAUUGCUAGACGUUACUCCGCUGUCACUGGGCAUCGAGACGCUUGGAGGGGUUAUGACCAAACUAAUCAAUCGGAAUACCACGAUCCCAACGAAAAAGUCGCAAGUGUUCUCCACAGCCGCCGACGGCCAAACUCAAGUCGAAAUCAAAGUUUACCAGGGUGAAAGAGAAAUGGCUUCGGACAACAAGCUUUUGGGUCAAUUUUCCCUGGUUGGAAUCCCUCCCGCUCCUCGAGGCGUUCCGCAGAUAGAGGUUACAUUCGACAUAGAUGCGAAUGGAAUCGUAAAUGUCUCGGCCCGCGAUAAAGGUACUGGAAAGGAACAACAGAUCGUCAUUCGUUCCAGCGGUGGUCUGAGUAAAGAUGAAAUAGAGAAUAUGGUGCGAAAUGCGGAACAAUACGCGGAGACCGACAAAAAGAGACGUGAUUUGGUUGAAGCUAUAAACCAGGCUGAAGGUGUCGUUCAUGAUACUGAGGCUAAGAUAAAUGAGUACAAGGACCAACUCCCUGCGGACGAACGGGAGAAGCUGGGGACACAAAUCCAGGAGUUGCGACAGCGGCUCAGCAACAAGGAAAAUGAGACAGCCGAUACCAUACGAGCAGCCACAAAUGAGCUACAACAGGCUUCUCUGAAAUUAUUUGAGAUUGCAUACCGGAAGAUGGCCAAUGACUCGAGUUCAGGGUCUGCCUCAGGAUCCAGCUCUGAUCAAUCUUCUCAGCAGAAACAAUAG